AUUUUUUUUAGUAUUAUCGGCAGACGCAGGGUGAGAGGAAACGGUCAAGAAGUGGACACCCGAAGGCCGGCACAAGAGGAAGGAGAAUCGGGCCAAUUCAUCAACACCACGGCAGAAUGAUGGUAGGAGAGGGGACCGAAAGACAGGGAGCACGACGUUAUAGUUUAACGGUAGUUUAUCUCGCAUCUCCGGCGAGGAAAUCUCGGGUGGUUGGGCCCGAAUUGCGUGCCUGGGCUGAAGAGUUAUUGAUGUUCGGGGGUUGUUUUCUGUUGUUCCUCUGGGCAAAUAUUCUCCGUGCGUGCAAGAUGAAACAGAUCAUCCAUGGAUGGACCAGAGACCCUGUGCGGAACAAGCCCCAGUCCAGUCAGUCAGUCAGACAGAUCAGUUAUCUAGUUAGUUGAAGAGGGAGAAUAGAUUUGAUUGCAUCAUUCUUCCCGGCCGUGUCGUUGCCCCGAUGGUCGAUCCAG